GUAACUCAUUAAGUAAACAAAACAAAAAAAAUUAUUAUUUUGACACAGUCAUCAUGCACGUUUAUUUAUUAUUUAAUUAGAAAAUGUCCAAAUAAGUUUGUUAAAAAAAAAACCAUGAAAUGUUUGGAAAAAGUGGGGAAGCUAAACUACGAUUUUGUUAUAACUAAAUAUAGCUAAAUCGUACGGCGAUUUCAGAACAGACAGAGAUCAAUUUUGGAUAACAUUUCUUCGUGGCUCUAUUUUCUCUAAUGGCUUAUUCGAUGCUGUCCUAACCUAUUUUUUUUGAAAAUAAUUCUUUUAAAAAUUUUUGUCCCAAAAGUUGUGAAAUUGGUCACUUUCGCCAGAAAUGUCAUUAGUCGAAUAUGGAAGGUAUGUGUUUAUACCGACUAAAUUAUAUUUGCAUUUCCCAAUAAUAAUCUAAUAAUGGCACACGUCUUUACAAUUAAAGAUUUAAGAGUUUCUUGUAUCUAAAUCUCUUUGUUUUUAUAAAAAGGUUGUUUUAUCCUGCAAGUAAACACAGCUCUAAUAAUUUUUAAAAGACUUAGCUAAGAAAUAGUACAAUCUGUCAAUUCUGCGGACGAGCCCCUCAGCUCCUUACACUUCGGUGCCAAAUAAAAGAGGACUGGGAAAAAAUUUUUGCGCACUAAACACAAAAAAACAACAAACAAACAAAUAAAUAAGAAAAUAACGCUAUAAAUCUUUCAGGAAAACUGAGAUAAACUUUUAUGAAUGAUAAUGAUGAUAAAUGAUCAUAUAUUAUUAAUUAUUGCAUAUGUGAACUUCAGCUACACGAGCUGCCAACAAAGGGCAUCCAAACUGAAUAAACGAGACCCUUUCUUUUUAAAGAGAGACGAGCAAUUAAGAAUUUUCUUUUCAACAAAAACAUGAAAUAAAGAUUCAAAAAGCAUAAAUUAAAAAACAGUAUCCGCUUAAUAAAACAAACAGAAAAACUUCAUCCACGCGGCUUCGUCUCUGUUUAUUCCGUUUUGGAUUUUGAGAAAAAAUAAAAAAGAAAGAAUUAAUAUUUUUUGUAACGUUUUAAAUAAAUAGUGGAUAAGAUAUUUGAAAAGCCUUGAAGAUGUUGAAUGUAACGAAACUUACCAGCUAUGGAAAGCUAGCAAGAAAAAGGAGAUUUCUGGAUAUUUUGCGUUCUAAAAUUUUAAACAAACAGAAGAAGCAGACUGAUACAGAUAUGCUGCAACCGAACACUCGCAUCUUUCUUAACAUCAGUGGCUGCUUGUACGAAACGUUUGAGAGAACCUUGCGACGCUUUCCAACAACAUUACUUGGAGAUAAAAAACGAAGAGAAAAGUUCUACAUGCAGAAUGAUAACUUUUACUUUUUUAACCGCUCACGCGCAGCUUUUGACGCCAUUUUGUAUUACUACCAAUCAAAUGGAUGCCUUGUUCGGCCGCCAUGGAUACCGAUGGAACAAUUUGAGUUUGAAUGUAUAUUCUACGAGUUGGGAGAGGAUGCAAUUAAAUCAAUGAAAGAAAGAGAAGGAUACGACCCACAAAGAAAGUUAGUUACCAGACCUCGACAAAUAGGGCACACAUUAGAAAUUUUGUGGGAUUUUUUCGAGUAUCCAGAGUCUUCUCUUUACGCAAGAAUUUACGCCUUCGUGUCUUUACUUUUCAUUAUAUUUUCCGUCAUACUGGAUUGUUUUGAAACUUCUCCUGGCAUUAAACUGCAUCAAAGACAUGACAUUGCACUAUUUGACCCAUGGGACCAUUUUAAGUUAGCACUAAAUAUUUUCUUUGCCGUGGAAUUUACACUUAGGUUUGUUUCCUCACCCAACACAAUUCACUUUUUAACAUCGCUUUCCAACGUCGUCGACUUUUUGGCCAUAUUUCCAUCUUUUUUAACUUAUUUGCUAAAUAAAGAACACGUUGAAAGCAUCCUGUUCAUUCGGGUGCUGAGAACUUUUCGAAUCCUACGGCUGAUCCGAUUAUCAAAGAGCUUCGAAACUCUCUCAGUUGUGCUGCAUAUCUUAUCAAAAAGUUUGUCGGAUUUACUUAUGCUUAUAUUCUGCAUGCUUAUUUCGUGUGUAGUGUUCGGAGGAAUAAUAUAUUAUACAGAACUGGGAGCUCCAGAAACACCAAUAACAAGUAUACCUGAAGGAAUGUGGUUGGCGAUGCAAACUGUUGUUUCCAUUGGUUACGGCGAUAUUGUUCCAGCUUCAUCUUUGGGUAAGUGCGCAGCCGCAGCCACAGCGGUUGUAGGCGCACUCACAAUGACAGUUCCGUUGCUUUCACUUGGUGGUCGGUAUUUUUCAAUCUACACGAAAACAUAUGAUGUUUCACUCAGCCCCGACUUGAUAUCAACGCCUGGGCCGGGUGUGAAGGUUAAGAAAUCCAAAUAAAACAUAGACAAACAUUGUUUACCAUCACUUGUGUAAUAUAUUUGCUUUGUUAUUAUUUAACGUCUUAAAUUCCUUACAA